UGGCGGCUGGAACCGCGGCCCUUCCUUUCUCCUUUGUCUCUAGCCCCUCGGGCGCCGCCGGGCCGGAGGGAGGGGUCCGGCCCCCGUCAUGGGGUCGCCUCGCCGGGGACCCGUGCCGGCGCCGGGUCUCGCUGGUGGUCCCCGCGGCGGGCCGUGUGCGGGCGGUGGGGAGAAAGCGCCGUGGCCCUCGGACCCGCGAGGCGGGGGGUUCGGAGCAGCCGGGGCCGCUGCGGGCGGGCGCGGGGGAGGGCCGGGGAGCGGGGGUCGCCCCCGAAGACGCGAGUGGAGGAUCGGAAAUCCCUGAUCCGGAGGUUUGCGCAGAGAAUUAGUUCAUGAAGUUUUGCCAUCUGUUAAAAUAAUCAAAAUGGAAAAUGCUACAAAUGAAGAGGAACGUGAAAGCUUCUCCCUUGAAGAGGCCACAGCAUUGUUAGAUUCAGAAGCAGACCCUUCAGUGUGUAUUAAUGAAAACACAAUAAGUGUUACCGUGCAAAGCACUCCUGUGCGUGUGGGCACAGCAGUAAAAAGGAAAAUUGAUUCUAAAGGUGACCUUGUACUCGAAAGUUCUAGCUGUGGGGAAAACACUCAAUCCAAGAAAAUAAAAUUAGAUCCUGAAGUUAUCCCAGAGGAAAAAGGUUCUGGUGAUGAUGAAGGUAUUUCGAGGAAAAGAAAACUGGAACCUGAUAAUUUCCCAGAAGAGAAACCUACUGGAGAUGGAACUCAGAAAAAGAGAAAAAGAGAAGUUGAGGACAUUCCUGAGAAGCAAAAAAAUGUGGAAGUAGGUCACAGCUCAGCAGUUGCUACCCACUACAAUGAACUGCCCGAAGUUGGUUUGGAGAAACGUAGUGAAAGUCGUAUUUUUUAUAUGAGAAACUUUAAUAACUGGAUAAAAAGUGCCCUCAUUGGGGAAUUUCUAGAAAAAGUGCGACAGAAAAAAAAGCGUGACAUUACUGUUUUGGACCUGGGAUGUGGUAAAGGUGGAGAUUUGCUCAAAUGGAAGAAGGGAAGAAUUAGCAAGCUAGUUUGUGCUGAUAUUGCUGAUGUCUCCAUUAAACAGUGUCAACAGAGAUAUGAGGAAAUGAAGAGUCGUUGUCGUGAUAAUGAAUACAUGUUCAGUACAGAAUUUAUAACUGCUGAUUGUUCAAAGAAACUUUUGAUGGAUGACUUUUGUGACCCAGAAAUGUCCUUUGACAUCUGCAGUUGUCAGUUUGCCUUUCAUUACUCAUUUGAAUCAUAUGAACAGGCUGACCUGAUGCUCAGAAACGCUUGUGAAAGGCUUAAUCCUGGAGGUUAUUUUAUUGGUACUACUCCCAAUAGCUUUGAACUGAUAAAACGUCUUGAAGCUUCAGAAACAGAGUCAUUUGGAAAUGAAAUAUAUACUGUGAAAUUUCAAAAGAAAGGAGAUUAUCCUUUAUUUGGCUGCAAAUAUGACUUCCACUUACAUGGUGUUGUUGACGUUCCUGAGUUCCUGGUCUAUUUUCCACUAUUAAUUGAAAUGGCAAAGAAGUAUAAUAUGAAAGUAGUCUAUAAGAAGACGUUUCUGGAAUUCUAUGAAGAAAAGAUUAAGAACAACGAAAACAAAAUGCUUUUGAAACGUAUGCAGGCCCUGGAGCCAUUUUCUGCAAAUGAAAAUUCAAGACAGAUCUCUGAGAAGGUAGAUGACUAUCGACAUGCAACAGAAUACUUGAAGAAUGGUCAAGUAAGGUUACCUCUGGGAACAUUAAGUAAAUCAGAAUGGGACGCUACAAGUAUUUACUUGGUUUUUGCGUUUGAGAAGCAGCAGUGAUCACAUGUUCAGUAGCAUCAGAACAGCUAUUCCAUUUUUUCCAGAUUUAAAUGAUUCAUCUGAAGUAGACUUGACAACUUUUCUGUUGGUGUUAAUUAUUCUAAAUCUACAGGAUGCUGCCGGGAAAACCUAGUGUAUAAAUUCAACAUUUGCUGUGAGAGAUGAACUUUGGUGUGUGGUAGUGAGUUGGGACCUUCAUUGUUAAAAGUUUUUUUUUUUUUUUUAAGUAUUGUGUAAGGAUCCAUUUGCCGAUACUUUUCUUAUUAGCUCAUAAAAUUUAUGACGUGAAAGCUGCUGAACUCUUUCUGCAGUGCUCUGAUUUGUUCAGUUUUUUUUUUGAGUCAAAUUUAUUGCUGUAGUUAAAUUGAUGGAGCAUAGUGGUUUUUGGGUGUGUUUGCUCACUUUAUGGUGUUUGUUACAGUGUUUUUUAAGAUUAAGUCAACUGUAUUCUGUAUAAUUUGGUGCAAGUCUUCAUUCAAUGUGGAUUGCUAAAAUUUGAAACUAAACUGUAUAUGUCAUGAGUUAUUUGCCUUGAUUCUAGCCGAUUUUUAACAUUUCAUUACAAAUAACUCCUUUUGUUUGCUAAUAUGAUGCAGUUCUGGAACUGGAUAAAAGGUUUAGAUGCAAACGUGGAAUUGUUUUAAAUGAUGACCAUUUUCUCUUAAGAACUUUUUAUCGCAGUUAUUAAUAAUUCUGGUUAACAAAAAUGUAUAGUUGCCCUUCUUCAUUGAACAAAAAUGCCAUAGUUGUUUUGCGCAAUAUUUAGUGAGAACCUCUGUAAAUUUAUUACAUACAUUGAUCUGAUUGAUCUGAUUCAUGGAACAGCUCAGGAGGGUCUCACUGUGCAGGAAGCUGACAGAUAAACCACAGGUUACUUCUCUCAAACGUUAGAAGUAGGUUCCUGGUACUUCAUGCUGUUGGAUCUGUUGCUCUAGAUCUUUUAUUGCCUUUAACCAAAAUGUAGCCAUAUCUGUACCUCUUGAUCCAAACACAACCCAGAAGUAGCUUGAGUAAUUGGAGCCAGAAUCUCAACACCAUUUAGAAUUUGUAUUUACCGUUUCAGAACUUUUAAGAAUUUGAGCCCUCACUUGUCAACUCUUCAAACCAGACAGCUGGGUAAACGGUUGUCUUUCAUUUACAUCACCAUGUAGUAUGUGUGCCAGGCUUUAGAUGUAGUGAAAAAGGCAGAGCAAUUAUUGCGUAUUCUUUCAAAAUUGUUUUCAUUAUUUAAUGCAUGGUUUUAAAAGACUUUCUAUAACUAAUGUACUGUUUAAAAACUACAGUCUAUUUAUGUUAACUGUUCAUGGUGUUAGUUACAAAUGUUAAGUAAGAGAACACUGGUCGCCUAAUUUCUAUUCCUUUGCUGCAAUUAAGCUGGUAAACAGUUCGUAAGAAGUAUUUUUUGCUUUUGUGGUAGUUUGACAUAGGAAUUUGGGGAAAUAAUUGAUAGCUUUGAAUUUCACAUUUUAGUACAAGUUAACAACUAGACCUUUACCAGAAUCAAUUUAGUCGAUGAUUGGUUGUGGUAGUGGUGUGUGUGUGUGUGUGUGUGUGUGUGUGUGUGUGUGUGUGUGUGUGUGUGUGUGUGAGAGAGAGAGAGAGAGAGAGAGAGAGAGAGUUUGGGGGGACAGGGGACACCUCACUAUGCAGCAGAUACUAGAGUUGAAAGUAUAGGUGUGAAAGUAGCUAAGAAGGGAGCCUAUAGAGAGUUUAAAAAAGGAAUUGUUUCUCUAGUCAGAACUGACUAGCAAGGCAGAGGCAACUCAUUUUGUUUAACUUUUUGUUGGCGUGUACAUAUAUAUGCAUAUAUAUAUACACACAUGUAUAUACACGUAUGUAUGUAUAAACAGUUCAGUGAUUUUUUUUUCAGAAAUGGAAAAUAAUGUGUAAAGUCAAAUUCAGUUAAGCAAACAUUUCCAGCACCCAGAAAAUGCCUUUCUGCUGCUCCCUUCUAGUUACUACCUCCCUCUGGUAACCACUAUGCUGGCUUCUAAGCAUUUAUUAGUUUUGUUUAUUUUUUGCACAUUAGUAUUAAUGGGAUCGAACAAUAUGUUUUCGGUAUGUCUUUUGCCCAACAUAAUGUUUGUGAGAUUUUUUUUUAAUGCAUGUGUAUGUACAAGGUUCUUAAUGACUGUAUAGUAUUCCGUUAUGUAAAUAAACCACAUAUUUGCCCAAUGGA